GACGACUUUCACCUCGGACCCUGACUUCACACCAUCACUGACUGGCCCUCUGCGCUCCAGCCUGGGGCAACAGGGUCAGUCCAGCCGUCCGGGGCACUCCUGAUCGUCCCCCGGCUCCCGGGACCCUAAGUCCCCGCGGGAAAGCUGCGCAAAAUGAAGCUGGUUUUGCUGUUACCAUGGGCGUGCUGCUGCUUGUGCGGUUCGGCGCUGGCCACCGGCUUCCUCUACCCUUUCCCGGCAGCAGCCUUGCAGCAGCACGGCUACCCGGAGCAGGGCGCCGCCUCCCCCGGCAACGGCUACUCGAGUCGCCGGCACUGGUGCCAUCACACGGUGACAAGGACAGUGUCCUGCCAGGUGCAGAACGGCUCCGAGACGGUGGUCCAACGAGUCUACCAGAGCUGCCGGUGGCCUGGGCCCUGUGCCAACCUCGUGAGGACUCUCAUUAGACCGACCUACCGGGUUUCUUACCGCACCGUGACUGCGCUGGAGUGGAGGUGUUGCCCUGGAUUUACCGGAAGCAACUGUGAGGAGGAAUGUAUGAACUGUACCCGGCUUAGCGACAUGAGUGAGCGGCUGACCACGCUGGAGGCCAAGGUUCUCCUGCUGGAGGCAGCCGAGCAGCCUGCAGGUCCAGACAAUGACCUGCCACCCCCGCAGAGCACCCCACCAACCUGGAACGAGGACUUCCUGCCAGAUGCCAUUCCUAUUGCCCAUCCAGGGCCCCGGAGGAGAAGACCCACAGGUCCAGCUGGACCUCCAGGACUGAUGGGACCACCUGGGCCUGCAGGGCCUCCAGGUUCCAAAGGUGACCGGGGCCAGACAGGAGAGACAGGCCCAGUGGGACCUCCAGGUCUCCUGGGACCACCAGGGCCACGAGGGCUUCCUGGAGAGAUGGGACGCCCUGGUCCCCCAGGCCCUCCUGGCCCAGCAGGCAGUCCUGGCCUCUUGCCAAACAGUCCCCAAGGCGUCCUCUACUCCCUGCAGACACCUACAGACAAGGAGAAUGGAGACUCCCAGCUCAACCCUGCUGUUGUGGACACAGUGCUGACUGGCAUCCCAGGUCCCCGGGGUCCCCCGGGACCCCCUGGUCCCCCAGGACCACAUGGUCCACCAGGACCCCCAGGAGCACCUGGAUCCCAGGGUCUGGUGGAUGAGCAGGUUGUGGCAAAGCCAUCUGGUGAACCCAGUGUGAAGGGAGAAGAGGACAAAGCCACCACCGCAGAGGGAGAAGGUGUGCAGCAGCUUCGAGAGGCCCUGAAAAUCCUGGCAGAGAGGGUCCUUAUCCUGGAACACAUGAUUGGGGUCCAUGAUCCCCUGGCCUCCCCUGAGGGGGGCUCUGGGCAGGAUGCGGCCCUGAGAGCCAACCUCAAGAUGAAACGAGGAGGUCCUCGACCUGAUGGCAUCCUGGCUGCCCUGCUGGGCCCUGACCCUGCACAGAAGAGCCCAGACCAGGCUGGAGACAGGAAGUAAGAAUCCCUCUCUCCCGUGUGAGCCCAGCCCUGCAGCUGAACAGCGGUUGUAUCCUGAAGACUCCCUAUGUGGAACUGGGCAUCAGGCAGGGACAGUUGUGGAGGACUCUGGGAGCCUGAGGAGAGAUGGUGCUUCCAAGGGGCAGGGCCCAGUGCUAACUAGCACGCCGACAGAACUUUUCUUUUGCCCCUGUCCCCUACCUCCCACUCCCGCUGGAGACAGGGUCUGGGUGGGCUGCGUGGAGGUAGGAGACUAAUCACAAUUCUCAAUAGCUGAGCCACUGCUCUGUCAGGGUCGGGGCCAGCUCGGGUGCUUUCUCUAUAUUGUCUCAUUUAACCCUUAAAAGGUAGGUCUGAGAUCCCCACUCAGCUUGGGGACCGAUUAUAGAGGAUACACACGACCCAGAUCCUGGAUGUGAGGGUUUGGGGGGAGGGUAGAUUUUAACCCAGGCCUCACUGUUGCUGAAGCCAUGACCUACAACCCUCUCCAUGAGGUGUGUGGCCCCUCGGAUUCCUGAGGCAGCUGGGCUGCCGGGAGGCAGGGCCACCUGGAAAGACAUCAGGACACUACAGAAUUUUGGGCCUGCCUCUCUUCCUCUGGUCACUUUCUAGGGCUGGGGUAGGGGCCAGCUUCCAAGAGGGGAGUUUGGAGCCAUGAGGAAGGGUCUCUGAGAAUGAGAAGGGCCAAAUCUGUUCUGUAAUGCUCCCUAAUGUCUUCCAGCCUAGCUGAGCCCACUGUCCUUACCUGCCCUCCCCCAUGGAGAAGGAAGGAGCAUUUAAUGAGACCAUCCACUCAGGGUGGGACCUACAACCUCCAUCACAGCCAUUCUUUCAUGACUAUCUCUAGAGCCCUGCUAUCUGAUGGACGACACAAAUCCGUGUCCCUUUUACAAACAGCCUAUACCCUAGGCUUGCUAGCGGCCGUGUUCACACACCUUGAGGCUGGGGUCCUAGCAGGUUCCACAGAACUAUUCCACAGCCCUGAAGACCUCUCUUGCUGGUGCUUGGUCUCUUAUGACCCACAUAACCUGGUGCUCCUCUAACCUGGCCUUGGCCCCGGCACUCAGAGGAUAGAAAGGCCCACCCUUGGGUAUGUCUCCCUGCCUGGCAGGAGUGACCGUCCCUAAAGUUCUUGGUGCUUAUGCAAGGCUGGGACCUGAUCCCCUGGGCCCUGUAGGCUCUCCCUGAGCUAUUCUCUGUCUCCAAGAGGUGAUCAGAGACCUGUGAUGUUAUUUCAAAUAAAGGUGCUCUCUCCAUG